AUGGCUGAAACAAUUCUUUUAACAGUGCCAAGCCCUAAACAGCAAAUGGAUUUAAUAUACAGCAAUCAAUUCACAAACCCACAUCAACCACCAGCCACGCUGAUGUAUGAUACCAGUCCCACUACAUCACAUCCUCCCAAACAUCAAUUCUUUCCAGCCACACUGACCAGCUCAUUUAGUCCUGGAUCAGUAGACGACAACACAAGCACAUACGACUCCCAAUCCUUGAGAUUCUCUUCUUCUUCCCUUCCAGACUAUUAUGGCUACCAUGAACCAUUUCCAGGCUUCUCAAGCCCACCCACCCAUUCAGAGCAAGAUAUCCAAAACGAUAUCUCAAUGCAAGACUGCUCUCAAUAUGAUCCCACCUAUGCAACUCCUUUUAACAAUCAUGUCGGUUCAAGUCCGCAGCCUUUUGAUUUUUCCCAAAAGCAGACUUCUAACCAUUAUGGAUACGAACUUUCACCCAUCGAGAACCCCUUUAAGUAUUUAAAGACAUUAUCAUCACAAGUUCCAGAUUCUUUUAUGAUAUCGCAAUCCCCACAGUCUGUGUAUUCCCUCGAAUCAAAUGUUACUCCACCAAUGGACAUGCAUCAGCUACAGCCACAGCUCAUCCCAAACAUGUAUCCUGAACAACUUGCCGGUAUAGAUCCCAACCAGUACCACCAACACCAGCACAACCUCGCUGCAUCAACAUCAUCCAGAUUGGCGGGUCACGGUCGUUCCCGCAGUCACAACAUUGUUGGUCACACUCGUGCUCGCAGGUCUUCGUCUGUCCCACCUAUUUCCGUCCAAGGUGGCAUCCGUCCUCGACGACAAAACCGAAACUCUCUCAAGGCUCACAACCAUCCCGCAGCAUAUGUAAUCAACCCAUUAAGCAUUCCAGCCCAAACCAGGAUACCCAUCCUUCCACCUGUACAAAUUGAGCGUGUAGCACCAAGACAGCACGGAUCAUCACUGUCACAAUCAGCUAACAAUAGCCACCGGGCAUCGCAUAAUAAACCAAGUCACCAGAAGAGACUGGACGAUCAGCUAGAAAGAGUAAACUUUGAUGACAUUACAGUCUCGGAGCUCAAGGACUUUCUGAGAGCUCUUAACUUGUCGGCCUCGGGUCGAAAGGCCGAUUUGAUGGGUCGUCUCAAGGAAGCACACAAAGACAUGCUUGAACGCCGUGCCAAGAAAACCACGCCAGUUUCUCCACCAUCACCUCAAAUAGAAUCAGAGAACAUCAAGGAAUCUAUUCACCACACACAACCAAUUUCCAUCCCAAAAGCCACCCCUCCUGUUAUUAUGGCUCCUCUCUCACCACGCAAAUCAAUUCCAAACAAUAGGAACAACAUUAGUAGUAGUAUUGAACAAGUUGCCCAGGAAAAGCUUUUAUCAAACCCAUCAGACAUUCAUCCAGUACCCAUAAUCGUUCCGUCGCAAUGUCCCAGUGAUUUUAGACCAAACAAUGUUUCUCGACCUUCAUUUGGUCACCACAGUAUGCCAACCUCUUGGCAAGAUAAUGAUACUUCUAUGCUUACUGCUCCUCUUUCUACCUCUGAUUAUCAAGGCUAUUUUGAAACCGCACCUCUUCAAAACAUAAAUCCUACGACAUAUGCACCUAUAGAAACACCCGAAUCUUACAACUACACACCAACAACAUGUAUGCCAGUUGACACUACUAUGCAACUUAAUCCCAGUAUGCCAAUCGACACAAACCUAAACUCACAAGUAGGAGGAGUGUCUAUAUCAGACAUGUCCCCAUUAGAAAACGGAGUAUGGGAUGAGAAUAUGUUUAAUUUUUUUACAAACUUCCAGUCAUAAAGGAAAAGACAAUAACAACAACAACAACAACAACAACAACAAUUACAGCCUAACUAUCUAUUUUCUUUAAAUUUUAUAUAUACACACACACACAUAUGUACAUCUACCAUAAACAUCAAUAGACAAAUAGAAAUAAGUAGGAAUCAUAUAUAUAUAUAGCAGCAACAAUAGUAAUUAUAGUAAUAAUAAUAGGAUUCUUUUUUUUUAAAAAAAAAUACUUCAUUUCCCUUUCCUUUCAUUUUGCGUGCGUUCACUUGGGACUAUGCGUUUUUCAAAGCUUAAAUCAAUGUAUAUACUGUAUUAUAAAAUCAAUAAAUAAAAAAUAAAGUGCAAACC